UCCUGACCCAAUCAUGGUGUACGCGUAUGGUGUAGAAAGAAGCAUAGACUUGUCUUUUUAAAGAUAGUCGAUGAUGUCCAACUCUCUACAUUCAGUAAGCAGACUGAUCAGGCAUUGCAUACACACGUCCACUAACUAAUUUCUUCCAUGGCCUCUUCUUCAUCCUCUUCUUCAGUCACCUCUCCAUGGAGCUACGAUGUCUUUCUGAGCUUUAGAGGAGUAGAUACCCGUAAUACUUUUACUGGCCAUCUCCACCAUGCUUUGUCUCAAAAGGGAAUCCGUACUUUCAUAGAUAAGGAUGAAGUUAAAAUGGGUGAUGAGAUUUCACCUACACUUCUCCAAGCUAUAGAAGGUUCAAGAAUUUCUAUCAUUGUGUUAUCAACAAAUUAUGCAUCAUCAACAUGGUGUUUAGAUGAGUUAUUGAAGAUUCUUGAUUGUAAAAAAUCAAAACAACAAAUAGUUCUACCUGUGUUUUACCACGUAGAUCCAUCAGAUGUUCGACAUCAAAGAAGAAGUUUUGGUGAAGCAUUGGCUAAACAUGCUGAGAAAUUGAAGAAGUUGCAACUGUGGGAGAAAGCCCUUCGAGAAGUUGCCAAUUUGGUCGGAUACCAUCUCAAAAAUGGGUAUUAUAUUCUAACCGCUUUUAAUUAUAUAUGCCUUCCAUUGAUCAAGAUUGCCUUUUUGCCCCCAUUCUAUGUAUGAAUCAUCAGUGUGCAUGAUCUUUGUCCAAUACGGGAGAAACUAAUCACAACUUGAUCAACAGAAAUAUAUAAAUCAUGUUUAUCAUUUUUUCUUGUCUAUCAAUUUUCGAGAAAACCAAAUA